AUGAGCUCUACUAGUUACUCGUUGUCUCAAAAGAAAUAUGCCUCCGACUUAUUGGUGCACUCAAGCAUCACUGACUUUGCUAUAGCCCCAACACCACUCGAUCCCAAUGUUCACUUGACUCCAUUUGGUGGAUUUCUCCUUGAAAAUGGCAGUAUCUACUGUCAACUUGUUGGUAGCCUUGUUUAUCUGACAGUAACUCGUCUCAACAUUACAUAUGCUGCUCACAUUGUGAGUCAGUUCAUGGCUACCCCUUGGACCAUUCAUUUUAUUGUUUUUCUUCAUAUUCUUCGCUAUGUCAAUGGAAUUCUGGAACAUGGCCUUCAGUUCUCUUCUCAAUCAUCCUUGGUAAUAUCUAGCUACUCUGAUGCCAAUUGGCCUGGUGAGCCUACUGACACGCGUUCUACCUCAGGUUACUGUUUCUACCUCGAUGACUCCUUUAUUUCUUGGUGGAGUAAGAAACAGAGUGUUGUCUCUCGUUCUAGUACCGAAUCUGAAUAUCGCGCCCUUGCUGAUGCUACGUUAAAGCUACUGUGGCUCCGCUGGCUUCUUGCUGAUAUGGAAGUUUCUUAG